AAUAAAAUACAAAGAUGAACACUUUUGUCCAUCAGCUUCCAUUUCCAAGGAAUUGCAGAUUCUGAUGAGAGAAGACGGGAGCUCCCUGUCACUGCACGCAAAUCACUGGAAGAAGACGUAGAGGACGAUUCGAUUCGAGAGCGCUUCGAUCUCGGAACGACGGAAUCUUUGUCUCUGCCAUGGCGGAGAUUGUCGAGGAGCACAAUUUCAAUCGGAACAUUAUCGGAGGAGGCAAUUCGAGCUCCAGCAAUGCCAACCCUCCCGAGAACACAGUCCAGAUCAUUGUUCGAACCAUCGGCCCUGCACGUCCCUCUCGCCUCUUCGUCCCUUCGCCUGUCAAAGUGCGUGACUUGCGGAAGUUGGUCGCCGAGAGUAAUCAAUUACCCAUCGGGAAUUUGAAGCUUAUUUUGCGAGGAAAAAUUUUGGAUGACUAUAAAAAUGACGAUGAUGUAUAUGUGCGGCUCAAUGAUGGCGAAUCAUUGACUGUUGCUGUGAAACCUAAGCCCCCAGCAGAGCAUCUUCGGGAUGGAUUUGAUGAUGAUGAGGAUGAUCUGAAGUUUCGGCUUCCAGAGUCUUCAAGUCGGUUGAAGAAGAAAAUUUACAAUUUCCUGCGUGAGAAGUUGAAGUUUCCCGAUAUCCUUUUGAUGGUGAUUUUCUCUCUCAGCCUGAAAGCUUGGGCUGCCAUACUUAUCUGGUUUAUCAUGGCACCUGUUGCCCAUAGCUGGGAUCUUGGACCUUUAUAUAUACUUGGUACUGGUUUUUGCAUCAUUCUACUAAAUCUUGGACAUCGAAAAUCAGGAGAAAUGAGUGCAUAUUCCAUCUUCAAUGAAGGUUUCAGAGAGCUCCCGGGGACCCUGAAUGCCGAUCGCCUAGACAGAGAUGUUCGGUUGGGUCAGUUCUGAUCGCCAUACUAUUUUCUUACUCAAUAUGGUCCUUGAACUAGACAAAAGGUUUCUAAAGAAAGCUACUUCUGUUUCCUUCCUGUGUGUAAAACUUUCAUCUUCAGUAAUCAAUAGUACUAAAAUAAUGACUAAUGAGAUGACUCUCUCUCUGUCUCUUUUUGUUUCUCUCUCUAACAUGAUUGACUGGACGUAGUGUUGAGAGAGAUGGGAGUUUGAGUUAUCAAGAAAUCAUGGUGGAAGGCAAGUUGCAUUUUGUAGUGUUGUGUUGGGUUUCUUGAAAGAGCAAGUUUUUUUUGGUUUCUUCUUCUGGCUGUCGUUUUCAGUUACAUCUGUUGUUUGUGAAGCAAAGAGAAAAGAGAGGUUUAGAA